AUGGCGGGCGCUGCUCACUGUUCCCUGCAGGCCAAGCGCCUACUCUUGGACCCCAAGUUCGAGGGCUACAAGCUGUCCUUGGAGCCACUGGCCUGCUACCAGCUGGGGCUCGAUGCGGCUGUAGCAGAAGUGAAACUUCGUGAUGAUCAGUAUACCCUUGACCACAUGCGUGCUUUUGGCAUGUAUAAUUAUCUGCACCUUGAUUCCUGGUACCAGGAUAAUGUCUACUAUGUUGAUCAGUUUGGAAGAGUGAUGAAUCUAUCAGUGACCCUGGACACUGCUCUACAAAAACCAAGAGAAGUUUUCAGGCUACCUACCGACUUAACAGCUUAUGAUGAUCGCCUUUGUGCCUCAGUACAUUUCCCCUCUUCCACAUGGGUUGCCCUUUCUGAUGGUACAGGAAGACUCUACUUAAUUAAAUCAGGCAAGCGUGGAGACAGUGCAUCAGAGAAGUGGGAGAUUGCGUUUAAUGAAGAACUAGGAAGUCCAUUUAUUAUAGCACACAGUGUUUCAUUUGUAAAAUCUGAUGUGCAUUCAGUAGCUGUGCUGCUGCUUAGGGUAGAAAAAGAUGAAUUGGACAUAAAAGGAAGUGGAUUUCAUGUUACCUUGGAAUGGCUUACAAUUGGAGAGAGAAGCAAAGAGGGUAAGUGUGAUCAUAGGUAUGAAGUCUUUAAAAGGAGAGUUUUACAAGGAAAAUCAGUCCCCCAUUAUGCAGCAAUAGAGCCCAGUGGGGAUGGUCUAAUGAUUGUUUCUUACAAACCAUUCAAGUUUAUGCAUGAUGAAGAAGACAAAUCAGAAGAAAAUGAUGAUGCAAAAACAACAAAUGAAAAGAAAGACCCUGUCUAUUAUUGGCAGCAGACUGAAGAUGUUGUGACAAUAACAAUUCAGAUUCCUCAAGGCAUGACUAAGGAUGACAUAAAAGUACACUUUUCCCCUGAUAACAUCUGUGUUACGCUGAAGGACCAGCCUCCUGUGAUGGAAGGGAAACUCUAUUCAUCUGUGGACCAUGAAAGCUGCACAUGGAUAAUUAGAGAGGACAAAAGCUUGGAGAUUUCUCUAAUUAAGAAAAAUGAGGGACCCCAGUGGCCAGAGCUAAUACUUGGUGACACAAGAGGAGAACUCAUUAUCGACCCUUCCCAGUGCUCUGAAAUAGCUGAAAGCUUGAUGCAUCUUACUUCUGAAGUAAUGAAUCCAAACCCUGAAAAGGAGAACCCCCCUUGUAAUGCUCAAGAAUUAGAAGAGUGUGAUGCUUUUCUUGAAGAUAGUGCAAGCCUGAGCAGAUUUGAUGGUAACACCUUGAAAGUCACUCAUGUAAUUCAUCUUGGAAGCAACCAGUAUCUUUUUUCAGUUGUUGUGGAUCCCAGAGAAAUGCCAUGCUUUUGCUUGAGGCAUGAUGUUGAUGCUCUUCUCUGGCAGCCCCACUCUGACCAGCCAGAGAACAUGUGGGAACAUGUUGCAACUUUUAAUGCUUUAGGUUAUGUCCAAGCAUCAAAGCAAGACAAGAAGUUCAUGGCUUGUGCUCCAGAUUACUCCUAUGCUGCUCUUUGUGAGUGCUUGCGACGGAUUUUCAUCUAUCGUCAGCCGACUCCUCUGUCCACCGUGCUGUACAACAGGAAGGAAGGAAGACAAGUGGGACAGGUUGCUAAGCAGCUAGUAACAACCCUGGAAGCCAAUGAUCCUAUCUUAGGCUUUCAAGCUACAAGUGAGAGAUUAUUUGUUCUCACAACAAAAACCUUGUUUUUAAUAAAGGUGAACUCUGGAAAUUAA